AGUACUCUAACACAUACACACACACACGUGCUCAUUGUAAAAUAUUGAUUGAAAAUGUUUUCGAGCUUCAAUUUUGAAGAUCCUCCACCAUCUGAAGUACCGAGGAAGGUUCAGAGAAAGGACAGGAGUGUCAGGUAUCUUCGGGCGUUGAGCGCCAAGAAUCAGGAACGUACCGCUAAUGAACAUUCAAGUGUUGAUGUUGCAGUCACCCAGGCUUCCUUAUCGGUUCCGAGACCUGGAAUCUUGCGAUUACCUUCCUCCGAUCCCGGCGAAGAAGAUCCCCAACCAUCGACCUCCUCGAUUCCCCACCGCCCGUCGAAAUGGGCGACAGUCCGCGAGAAGAGCCCCCAGAUUAUUGGAGGUCACGCGAAGGAGGUCACAUUUCAAGAGAGACACCAUAAGCUGGACCUGAACAAGUCGAGGUCCACGAGCAAAAAUCGAAGAAAAAGCGCUCAAAAUGGUGGCGCAGAAGACCCAGGCCAAAAGUCGUUCAGCGACGUGGUAAAGACAGCGAUGAUGCUUCGAACCUGGAUCUCAGCCAUGGAGCACGACGAGCGGGAGUCGGAACCGGAUCGCGACGCAACUACUACCAACGCAGAGAUUACUGCGGCAGACGAUCGGUCAAUUCUGCCGAGUCCGCCGAUAUUUCAGCAGAGGCAGACGGGAUUUACGCAGAUAAAGGAUAUUUUGACGGAUAAGUGUCGAAAACUCUACUACUUCUACGUAACCGAGAACUCCACCUUCUUCUACUACUGGACAGCAAUCAUCUCCAUCGGAAUCCUCUAUAACAUGUUUGCCAUGGUGAUCUUCAUUUUCGAUGAUGUUCAUUUUGGAUACUUUAACCAGUGGCUCUACGUGAAUCUUUUCUUUGACUUCUGCUUCCUUCUAGAUUGUCUAGUGGGGUCUCGAAUGACAUUUGUGAGCGAGGGUAACGAAGUUAGUCAAACCGACAAGAUGUUCAAGAACUACCGACAAAGCCGGCGUUGUAAGCUCGACCUUCUGUGUUUAGCCCCCGCCGACUUUUACUUGUUCAUCGAUACGAAAGCUUCACUGGUCAGAGCUAUUCGGUUGGUUAAAGCAUACCGCCUGUACGAGUUUAUCAUGCUCACCCAGCGGCGUACAGACUUCCCGCAUUUCAUGAAAAUUCUGUUUCUCACCUCUUCCUGUGCCAUAUUGUUCCAUUGGAAUGCAUGUGUCUACUUCCUCUUCUCCUUAUAUCAAGGUCUCACAGAAGAUGACCCGAAUGCUUUUGGAUUCUCUUAUUAUAAAGUUUUCGAUCCAAGAUUCUCAAUUUGUGAUGCCCUCUACGAUCAAGACUGCUAUUAUCCAGAAGACACAGAAGUCCUGGACAUUCGCGACGAGCGUCCUCACUAUAUGGAGGAUAUGUACAAGUUUUGGGACAAAAAGUUCAAUAUUCUCCAAAUCGGAAACUUCUCUCGGGAGUACAGUAUGACCAUCUAUUGGUCAUCUUUAACAAUCACAAAAUGUGGACAACAGCCGUGGCCAUCGAAGAGCUCGCAGAAUUCGCUGGAGAUCUUUGACACUUUGAUCGGGGUGCUAGUGUUCGCUACGAUUAUUGGAGGCGUGGGCAGUGUCGUUACCCAAAUGAGUCAAAACGUGAAUGAUUUCCGCGAGAUGAUGGAUGGAAUCAAGUUCUACAUGAAAUACAGAGGCGUGCAAUCAGCUAUUCAGGACCGCGUGCUCAAUUGCUUUCUAUAUCUGAAUAGCCAUAAUCAGUUGUAUGACGAGGAAGAAAUCCUCUCCCUUCUGCCUCCAUUCUUCCAAGCGAGAAUCGCAGCCAACCUCCACCAGGACACCCUAUCCAAAGUGUCCCUGUUCUACAAAUGUGACCAGCGUCUGCUACAGGAAGUUGUGAUGCUUGUAAAACAACAGGUCUACUCACCAAAUGACUAUCUAUGCCGGAAAAACGAGAAAGCCAAGGAGAUGUUCAUCGUGAAAAAGGGCCUGCUGGCUGUAAUCGAUGACGAUACCGGAGUCGAACUUGACAGUCUCAAGGAGGGCCACACAUUCGGAGAACUCUCAAUUGUACAGGUUAAGGGGAACAUCCUGGGCGAUCGGAGGAGUGUCUCGCUGCGAAGUGUGGGAUACUCGGAUGUUUACGUGCUUCACCAGGAUGAUGUGACACGGUUGUUGCAGGAGUAUCCAGAGGAGAGAGUUAGACUAAUGGAGAAUGCUCGCCGAAUGCUUCACUCAAGAGGUUUGCUCGAGACAAAUGAGCUUGGAGAGAUGUGUGAAACAGACGAUGGACUGGAUGAUGAAGCAAUGCUCGAGUUCCUAUCCGUCGAUGAGCAGCUCAAUCGCCUGGAGAACAUCAUCGACUCUAUUGAUACCGACCUGGCUAAUAUGAUAACCUCUUUCUCGUACAACUCGGUUGCGUACAAGAAGCGUGUCACCGCGUUGGAAAACAUCUUCAACUCGAACAAGAAGCGAAUUCGCGGCGAUUUGUACAAUGGAAUUUUGAAGACGGAUUACGAUGACAGAAUGAUGUUUUGAUGGAGAACCCCUGCUUGCAUACACACACACAUACAUAUAUGUCACUUUUCUCUUUUUGACGGAGACAGGGAGACACAUGUCGCCCGGAUUUUUCUGUGAUAUUCUUUUUGUCUAUUUUGUGUACAAAUGAACAAGAGCUUGUUUUAGAAGGGAAGAAGUUGGUCAGUAAAAGAAAACCAAAAACCUUUGCACAUUACGCUUCACCGGCCAUUUCCCCCAGAUUUCCUGAGUAUGUUGGGGGAUUUCAGGGGUUGCAAGUUGUUUUUUUGAGCUAAGGAUUUGAGGAUAACCCUUUAAAAAUAUAGUACUUGAACUUUAGUUCAAAUUGUUCUAAGUUCUAAGUUUAGAGAUUUUGAAG